AGCACUUGUCACUCAGAGAGCAGUGAAACAUGUCAUGCAUUUGUCUUCUUUUGUCCUCCUUGUUUGUUUGUCUGGCUGAGAUAACCACAUAGAGGUGGUGCUUGUCUUGGCAGCAUUGUCAAAAACUCUUGUAAAUGCCCCAUCUCCCCUCAUUUGCUGCUUUGCUACUUGACAUUUGGCCAGUAUUUUCUGCCUGCAGGGGGUAGCUCAGGCAAUAAGUUAAUCUAUCAAAAACUAAUUGUCUCCUCCUACCCUGUUGCUUGGACAAACAGUGUAGAGAGGGGGAAGUUGAGCUUUGUUGGCCUAUAAAGGUCGUACGGGUAGAGGAGAUGGCAAGUGUCACUGCAUGGAUCUCCUCAGUCGUUCCUGAGAAAUAAAACUGGGGCCUUCUUGAAGUUUCUCUUUUCCUAAUUCUGAGGCAGCCUGAACUUAUCUUUUUGCAUCUUUGGGAUGUUGGGGGAAAUGAAUCUGGUUCUCCUGUUUGUGUGUUUCUCCUGUACGGACGCUCGUAUUUGGGCCUGGAUGCUCAACAUGCCUCACGGCCCUCCCAAAGAUGGAGCUAAACCUCUUGGAGAGAACUCUCCUGUGGCCAAAGCACUCACAACUGUGUGCGACAGUGACAGAACUUGUGGACGCGGUUUCUCGUGUGACCGUCACUUUGGUCUUUGUGUGCCUUUACGUGGAGAGGGUCAGUACUGUAGGAGGGAUACUCAGUGUGUCCGUGGACUCCUUUGCAUGUUUGGGAAGUGUCAUCGCAGCAUUCCCAAUGGACAAGAGGGCUCCAGGUGUAAAGCUGACAGAGACUGUGGGCCUUUGAUGUGUUGCGCUCGACAUCAUGGCGAGAUGGUGUGCAAAAAGCGCCUGGCUCGCGAUGAGAGUUGUUAUGUUCCUGAUGGUGGCCUGGCGUUCAGCAUCAACCAGAUUUGCCCGUGCGAGGAAGGUCUGCUGUGUCGGGAAAACAGCAGGCAGAACCGCAGAGAGAGGGACUUUACUUACCAACCAGAACGGACAAGAUGGACCUGCCAAGGGUCCAAACCUUAACAUAAGACCUCAAGAUUCAAUCUAUUUAUUAUGUAAAUAUGAUGUACAGAAUAAAUGUAAGAAUUUCCAUAUGCUGUUUUGAGAGAUUCUGUUAGAUUAAUGUAGUGAAUAUUUACAAAAGCACUACUCUGCUCCAUGUAGCUGGGUUGAGCAAGACGUCCUUCUCAUAAAAUACCUGCUUUGUGUAUUUAGUGAUGCUUUGAUUGAAAAAUAAAAGUGUGGUAUGUAUUUGUAAUCAGACCCCCGAUUAAAUAUUUUGUGGAAACACUUUUCAUGACAGAUACAACUUUUAUUUGGGUAUGUCUCUACCAGCCUGACACAUCUACAGACUCAAAAUGCUGCCCACUGUUCUCUGCAAGAAAAGACAUGAACAAUUACUUUGUCUCCUUUCUAAGCACAUUUCUU